AUGGAAUGUGCUGGUCCCAACAGCCCUCAGGAGGUCCCUGGAGUCUUCCACUUGCCCACUGACCCCAUGGACUCAGGGGAACUCNUUAAAACGGCUGAGUUGGAUUCAUCCCAAAACUACCUUUUUGGUUUUCAUCCUCAAGGGGUCCUGGUUGUUGGGGCCUUCAGCAACUUCUGUACAGAGGCCACAGGCUUCUCCUGCCUCUUUCCGGGUCUCAAGCCAUAUCUACUCAUGCUACCAUGUUGGUUCCAAAUGCCUCUCUUCCAAGAUUACAUUAUGACCAGAGGUUUAGUCUUUUCUGACAAGGCUAGCGCUUCCUAUCUCUUGUCCCACCCUGAGGGUGGCCGGGUGGCCGUUCUGNCUGUGGGAGGUCUCCUGGAGGCUUUGGAGGCAAAGCCUGGAACAGUGAGCUUGCGGCUCGGGAAUCAGAAAGGAUCCAUUAAGUUAUCACUGGAACACGGGUGAGGAGUGGGGCCUCUCUUCAUGCCCGUCUUCUCCUUUGGAGAGAAUGACCUCUUCCGGCAGUUUCCCAACCCGCCAGGCUCCUGGGUACGGAGGAUGCAGGAGGCACUUCAGACGAUACUGAGUGUGGCUCUGUCUCUCUUCCACGGUCGCCUGGGUCUCCUGAUACCGUUCCGCGUGCCCAUCCACACUGUUGUGGGCGCCCCAAUUCCAGUGCAGCGAAGCCCGAGGCCCAGCCAGGAACAGGUGGACCAGUUGCACGAGUGA